AUGAACAAGAAAAACUCUGUUUUAGAGCUCGAGGAAAGGCCAAGCGCAUCGUUGAUUUUGGAAUGCUAUGGGAUCGAAUCUCGCGUUGACAUACCUGGUUUGGUUGUUACCCCAAAAAAGGUGAUGGAAUCUGGAAACCCUAAAGAAGCGAUAUGUGACGCUGUUGAGAAGCUUGGUGUUGAUUUGCUCAUCGUUGGGAGCAAUGGUAAAGGGGCACUAGAAAGGACUUUCCUUGGAAGUGUUAGCAAUUACUGUGUUAACAAGGCUAAGUGCCCUGUUCUUGUGGUUUUGGACGAUAUCUUUAGUUACCUUCUAGAGUGUCUCCUUCAGUUACACCCUUGUAUGCCCAGUCACAGGCUGCUUGAAUUCCUUCGGAUGCAUAGCUGCAGGAGAAAGCAAUUGGAAGUUAGCUUGUCUCCUGUACCAAUGCACUUCGAUGGUGUUCCCUCCUUUGUCCGAAGCAAAACCCACAUGAAGAGCAGGGCCUCUGUUAAGUUAUCUGAUGACAAGAAAAGAGAAGAACAUAUGAAUAAGAUGAAAAUGAAAAACCUGAGCGAUUUUACAGACGAUGGUGUGACCUUCAAUUCCCCAGCCAUGGAUGCUAGGUGUUGCAUAAAGAAGCCAAGAAGUGAUGAUCAUCAUCACUAUAUGUCCUCUUUGGAAAAUGAAUCGCGUGUGUGA